AUGUCUUCGCAGAGAGAUGUAGAGCACCAGUCGCAGUCUUCUACAGUGACGAACGCGACCGAUCCCAAUACAGUAGCAACCGCAUCAUGGCGUCCCGCGUUACGACCCAACGUGGAGCGGGCACCGGAAAAUGACGACGACUUCUUCGAGCGAUACCCGAACGCGACACCGAAGAAGAUGCAGCAACAACGCGAACAGGCGCAGGCCCAACGGCAAGCGCAACCGACCGCUCCUGCUGAAUCGAUAGCGCAGCCACUAUUGCAUACCCAGGCAGUCGACGAGCCGGAGCAGGACUUCCCGAACCUCGAGGACCGACAACGAGCAAACAGCAUCUCCGUCGAACACGUGCUCGACAUCCGACACUCGGCCGCGUCACCCGCAGAUCUCUCACAAGGCCCUUCAAGCUCGGCAAAUGCUUCAGGACCGAUAGAACGACACGAGCACGUGGAGGAAGAGGAAGUAGAUGCCGUGACGCCUGCCGCACGAGAUACGGAAGAAGAUGACGAGGAGAUGCUGUUCAAAGGCCCAAACGAGACGAUCGAGGAGCAGCGACAGGACUUGGAAGACGCUCUACCCGCAGAUGAGGAUAAUCUCGCUGAAGUGGAUGAGGAGCAAGUUGGACAUCCAGAGUCGGGCUAUGACUACCAAGGCGAAGUCACGGAGAUGGAGGCCGCGCAGGAUGGGGAGCCGGACGCGCCAUUGUUGGAUGAUGAGCAGCCUCCGCCUACAAUUUCAAGAAGUCUAGGGACCGAUGUGAGUAUGGGUGGGGAAGUGGAAGUGGAUGAGGAGGCGUCGCCUACACUGACUGCGGCGAAAGCGGUGGCUGCUCCCCCGCAUAUUGAUAGGAGUUUUACUACGAAUUUCACUGAGGUACCUGUGCCUGAGACGGAGGAGGCAGAGGAGGCGGUGCACGAAGAGGCUGGUCGUGGUGAUUGGUCAAACGAUGGGAAGGAUGAUAAGACUUUUGGUGAGCUGCUGGGUGAUGAGGAGGAAGUGGGUGACUCGAGCUCGCAGUGGCCUGCUGAAGAUGAAGAGGAUCCGUUUGAUAAGAUUGGUAGUACGGCUCAGGAAUCUACUGCACAAGCACCAGUUGCGCAUGAUCCUCUGGAGGAUCAAUCAGAUGAUAUGGCAGCUCCGGACGGUACAACUAAAUCUCGAAAUCUGGAUCCUGAAGCUCAGGGUGGCGAUGAUAUGGCUGCCGCUUGGGAAGCAGCCUUAGACGACGAUGAGCUGUUGGAGUUGGAUGAAAGCGACGAUCUAGAUCCCUCAAAGCUCUUCGGUGACGACGAUGACGACUUACUAGAGGACGAUGGCGAUGAUUUCCUGGCAGAUGUGAAUGACACAACCAAAUCCAUCUCCCAGCAGCAUGAGCAGCCGCAGAUACGAAGCGCACCGUCUCAGUAUCAGCCAGUCCAACAAGCACAGAAUCCCUACGCCGCGGCAUCCACAGCUUUCCUCCAAAACCAUGGAAGAGGAGCCGGAACACCGGAUACAGGUCUCUUCGACAUCUACAACACCCAACCCAUGCCCCAAACUCAACAGAGGCCACCAUUGGCAUCCACGCAGAGUUUCGCCGAUAAGUCGAAAGGUGGAUAUCAGUCCCCUUAUGAUUUGCCCAUGGAGGUUGUGAAACCCGCAAGACGAAGAGUGCCGCAGCCGCAUCAAGGUUCUGGGUCUGGUUCUGGAUCUGCGCCAGUGCCGCCGCCGAGGAGUAGUUCAUUUGGUAGUACCUCCGCCCCUCUGGCGCCACCGGGAAGCGCAGGCAGUGUGAUGAGUCCGCCUGGUUCGCGGGCUGGGCCGCCUUCCUCCUCGGGCUCUGCAGCUGCGCCACCGGCUUCCAUUUCCGCAAGAAGUACGCCAAAGACUGAUUCGGGUUUCUUUGCCGAUCUGCCUAUGAGUACGAAACCUAGAGCGAGACCGAGUGGUGGGUACACGCCAGCUGGGUCUUUACCCAGCACUCCCGGUAUGUCUGGAGGGCAGUUCCCGCCUGGUGUUGCCGGUGGUGCCGCGCCUCCGGGCCCACCUUCGAGGGCAGGCAGCGGGUAUAUGCCACAACAGCAUCCUUCGAGAGGUGCCGUACAGCCCCCUCAAUUACAGCAAGAGCAGCCGCAGCAUCAGCAACCUGGAUACGCUGGUCUCCGACAACCGGAGAAGAUGCCUCUAUUACCUGAUCAGCCUUCUGCGCCAGCAGCAAAUACUCAACCCCAUCCGCAGGUAAACAAUAGGUACUCCCCAGCUCCGACAGCUCAAGCGGCUCCUUCGUCACGAUACUCGCCCGCUCCUACCGCGCAAGCGAAUCAAUCUGGUGCAGGGGCAGGCAGAGCGACUAGUGGUCCUCCCGCUGCUCCUCCUCCUAGGAUCCCAUCUGUGAAUCAAUAUACUCCGCGAACAAGUAGUCCGCUUGCUUUUGCCAACGAGAAGAACUUACCUGCUUUGCCGUCAGGGGUAAGUAUGAGUCCGCCGAAAGUCAAUGGAGUGGGGAGUCGGUACUCUCCUGCUGCUGCGCCACAGAUGCAAGAUCCGGGGAUGUCUAUGCCUCCUCCUUCGCAAAUGCAGAGCAGGCAGCCUCCUCCGCCGCCUCAGCAACAGCAGCCGCCCAUGCGGCCGAGGACGCAGAGUCCAGUAUCUCAUAUGAAGGAGGCGAGAAGUAUGAAUGCGAUGGGCAUGGGCAUCACGCCGCUCGAACGGCCUACUUCUGCCGCUGGAGCAGCGUACGGACUCGCGGCGACCCAGCAGCAGUACGGCCAACUCCAACAACGUCAACAACAGCCCUUGACAGGGUCGAGAGGACCAACCGUUCUCCCCCACCGCCGCCAAUUCUCCCGCGACCUCGCCUUCCAUCCACCCGCCAACCCUACGUCCCAGGAUCCCCUUGAGCGAUGGAAGGGUGGACCUAUUUUCCACUGGAGCGGAGCUGGGAGUGUGGUGACUUCUUUCCCUUCACGAAUACCCUUUUAUGGUGGCGGUGGAGGCGCGGGUCCCAUGCUCAAGUGCACGAGUGGCGAUAUCAAGGUUCGGGACGCGAGUACUGUGGGGAUGGGAAGUGUGCUUGUAGAUGAGCAGAUUGCUAAAUUCCCUGGUCCGCUUGCGGCGAAGAGUAAAGGAAGGAAGAAGGAGGUUUCGGCUUGGAUGAAGCGUAGGAUUGAGGCUUUAGAGGCCGAGGCACAGGCUGUCAGGUUCGUUCCCAGAGUGGCUGGGGAGGAGGACGUCGGUCGACAAGCAGAGGAGAAAGUCAUGCUGUACAAAGUUCUCGGCCUCUUCGUCGAGAACGAUGGCGUUCUGGAGGGCAACAAGAAGAUUGAGGGAGAAGUCCGCGGUAUCCUUGUUCCGGAUUUGGAGGAAAGGGGCAGGGUAGCGGAACUCACGAGUCCCGUCUCUGCAUCCGCCGUUGGUGGACUAGGAGCCGAACCCGUCGACCGAGCAGUCCUUGCACAGAUCCGACAGGCGUUGCUUGAAGGGCAGAGGGAACGUGCUGUUUGGCUUGCCGAGGAGAAGAAGUUGUGGGGACAUGCUAUGCUCCUAGCCUCUACCCUGGGUCCAGAAACGUGGAGACAGAUUGUUCAAUCUUUUGUGCGGUCGCAGGUCCUUUCCGCCGGGUCGAUGGAGAGUCGUAGUUUGGCGGCUGCUUAUCAGGUCUUUGCUGGGAAUGGAGCAGAGGUUGUUGAUGCGCUUGUGCCGGCGAGUGCAAGGGCGGGGUUUAGGAUGGUUAGUGCGAGUGAUGGGUCUGUGGGGAGUUCUUCGCCGUUGGAGGGGUUGGAGCAGUGGAGAGAGACGGUCGGGCUGGUUGUGGGUAACCGGACGCCGGGGGAUGGGGAGUCGGUUGCUCGACUUGGGCGAUUACUUGCUUCGUAUGGACGCUCGGAGGCUGCUGGUGUGUGCUGGCUGCUUGGACGGGGGUUCGUGAAGGUUGGUGGGGCGGAUGAAGUGGACAGCGAUCUUGUGUUACUUGGUGGAGCUCAACACAAGGACACCGGCAACGACCAAGACACUACCGGCAAGGCUCCUGUCGGAGCAGACCUAGACUCAAUCCUGCUCACCGAGAUCUACGAAUGGGCUUCCUCCCUCUCCUCAACCGCCAACCCAACGACUACAUCUUCUGGAACACCGUAUCUCCCUCAUCUGCAACCCUACAAGCUCAUUCACGCCCACGCACUUGCUGCAUCAGGCCACAAGGUCCAAGCGCAGGCUUAUUGUGACCACAUCACCACGGCCUAUACCUCCACGACUCGACCAAGCCAGUACUACCACCCAGGCUUCACACAAGCAGUGGCAGACUUGCAAGCUUUCCUCUCCCAGACUCCGACUGGUGCGGAGGGUAGUAAAGGCUUCCUUGGCUUGAGCAGGCCGGGGAUGAAAAGUGUGGGUACUGGUGUGGGGACGUGGUUUAGUAAAUUUGUUGCUGGUGAGGAGGAUAAUGCUGCAGCUGCAGGGCAGGGUCAGAUGGCAGGACAAGGGAUGGGUGUCGGUGCAGAGGGGAUGAUGACGUCGCCAGAUCAAAACACUAGUGGACCUUUCGGACGACUCAGUGGUGAAGUCAGUCGUAGUGCGUCAAGGAAUGAAGCGUUCAAUCCGAUGAUGGUGAGUGGGGGCCAGCAGAGCCCGUACAUGCCGGGCGUGCAGACCGCGGUCAGUACGCCUGGUGGUGGCCGGUACGCGCCUUCCUAUGGCGGCAGCGCGCCUGUUGCUGUGCCGCAGCGUCCGGCGCCUGCUGGACAGCAAUCGACCUCGGCAGCCAGCUCGCCAUAUGCUCCUGGCAUCGGAUCGCCGGCUGCUGGUACAGGUAUGAUGGGUCAGGGCAUGUCGCCCAUGGAACACGGAAACCACAUUAUCAGCCCUCUUGCCUCCCCACCUAGCACAUCUCAUAGCCUCGGCGUGCCAGCACCAUCAGACCAAUAUGUGCGACCUGGGUCCGCACCACGAGCGAGCUCGAGGAGCAGGUAUGCCCCGAGUCCUGUCCAGCACGGUCUGGGUGUGCAGGGGGGUCCAGGAGCGGGCUUGAACAGGGCGGCGAGCGACUACGGCGUGCCAUAUGGCGCUGACUCAAGAAGAGGCUCGGCGCAAGAAAUUGGCAGUCAGGGAUCUUAUCAGCCUAUUCCGAUGUUGGCCGCGCAGCAAGACAUGCCUGCAUAUGGAUAUCCUCUUGUGCAGCAGAUUGAGGCCCAGCAGCUAGAUACGCAGCCAGAGGCGGAGGAAGAAGGAGACGAUGCUUUUGGACCGAAACUCAAUGGUCUCGGCUUCGAUUCCGAAGCAGCUGAUCCGAGCGAGGCUGCUGGUGGGUAUGAGCCGCCCAAUGCUAGCGCAGCGUACGAACCCCCAUCAUACCAACCCUACGAGCCCGAGCCCGAAGCCGAAGGUGAUGAUGAGCUUCGCCCGAAGAAGAAGGGCAUGAUGGACCUCGACGACGAAGACGAUGUGGCCGCCAGGGCCGCUGCCGUCAAGAAAGCCGCAGCAGAUAAAGAAGCAGAUGAUGCCUUCCGCAAAGCCGCCGAAGCCGACGCAGCUCGAGACACUAAAGGAGGCAAAGACGCCGGCAAGGCAGCAGGUGGAGGCUGGUUUAAAGGCGGCUGGUUUGGCGGCAAGAAAGACCCUUCCGCCGAUUUGAACGCUGCAAAUCCCAACAAGCCCAUCCGCGCCAAGCUGGGAGAAGAAAGCUCCUUCUACUAUGAUGAGACUUUGAAGAAAUGGGUCAAUAAGAAAGGUGGAGCUGAGGCAGCGACUCCCGCUGCUGCUACGCCACCACCGCCUAAGGGUAUGAGUAGAAAUGUUUCCGGUGUGACUGGACCGCCUAGUGGACCGCCUAGUCGUGUUGCUAGUGCGGCUGGAUCUAUGGGGCCUCCCAAUGGUUUUGGAUCUAGGCCGGGGACUUCGUCGGGACUGCCGCCUAGCGCGAUGGGGAUGGCCAUGAGCAAUGGUGGAUCUGGGCCCCCGAGCAGGGCGGGUACCCCUGCUUCUGGCGUAGCGGAUGGGAAUGGCGAAGGUCUGGCAGGUCCAACUGGUGUACCGCCGCCUAUGAGACCGGCGAGUAGUAUGUCCACGGCUAGUAGUCUUGAUGAUUUGCUUGCUGCUGGGCCGAGAAAAGGGGGCGCGGGUGGGACGGUCAAGGGGAAGAAGAAGGGGAGAUAUGUCGAUGUUAUGGCUAAAUAG